AUGGAGACCCAGAGCGUUCUCAGCGACAUCAGCUACCAGUACGAGGACUACGGCGACAACAUUCGCAUCUCUGCGAUCGAGCCCCUCAUCCAGCCUGCCCUCCUCAAGUCCGAAGUCCCGCUCUCCGACGCCUCGAAGCGCACCAUCGCCAGGUCCCGCGCGCAGGUCGCUGCCGUCCUCCGCGGCGAGAUUGACAAGCUCGUCGUCGUCGUCGGCCCUUGCUCGAUUCACGACGUCGACGAGGCCAAGGAGUACGCUGCGCUCCUCAAGGAGGAGGCCAAGAGCUUGCCCAACCUCGUCGUCUUGAUGCGCGCCUACUUCGAGAAGCCCCGUACCACCGUCGGCUGGAAGGGCCUCAUCAACGACCCCGAGAUCAACGGCACGUACCAGAUCAACAAGGGUCUCCGGAUAGCUCGCACGCUCCUCGCCGAGCUCACCGCCAGCGGCGUUCCCGUCGCUUGCGAGCUUCUCGACACCAUCUCGCCGCAGUACCUCGCCGACGUCAUCUCGUGGGGCGCUAUCGGCGCUCGCACGACUGAGUCGCAACUUCACCGCGAGCUCGCGUCCGGCGCCUCGUUCCCCAUCGGCUUCAAGAACGGCACCGACGGCUCGCUCGGAGUCGCCGUCGACGCCAUGCUUUCCGCCGCUCACCCUCACUCGUUCCUCGGUGUCACCGAGUCGGGUCUCGCCGCCAUCGUCCGUACCGCCGGCAACCGCGAUGUCCACGUCAUCCUUCGCGGCGGCUCGCGCGGCACGAACUACGACUCGGCGAGCGUCAAGAGCGCCGUUGAGCAGGUCCGCAAGAUCUCCAAGCCCGAGUUGCCGUUCCUCCCCGCCGUCAUGGUCGAUGCUUCGCACGCCAACUCGCAGAAGGACCACCGCAAUCAGCCGAAGGUCAUCGCCGACGUCUGCGAGCAGAUGCGUGCCGGUGAGAAGGGCAUCUGCGGCAUCAUGGUCGAGUCGAACUUGGACGAGGGCGCGCAGAAGGCGCCGAACGGUCGUCAGGGCUUGAAGCGCGGCGUCAGUAUCACGGAUGCGUGCGUCGACUGGGAGACGACGAAGCGGAUGCUGCGUGACCUCAACGAUGCUGUCACUGCCAGGAGGGAGAAGGCUUAG